GGAGCUUGCAACAGAGCUUUUCAUCCAGUAGCCGGCUGCCAGGUCUCAAUUUCACACACCGUUCCCCACAAUAAAAUUCACAUCGUUCUACUGUGCGUCACAAUCACGUUUUGUUCCAACGUCUAUUUUUUUACAAAAAAUAUUCCCCACUAAACUAGAAAAAAGCCCGGUGUACACGAGUGUUUUUUAAAUUUAAAUUUAUUGUGUAUAUUAAUUACCUUGGUACUUUAAUUGUAAACAAAUGACAGUGUGUGUGUGUGUAUGUAUGUGAACAGUAAUAAUUAAUGAAUAAUUAUUAAAUUUCAUAUCAUUUCAUUAAGUACUUUAUUAAAGAAUAAAAUCGAAUAAUCUACAAGAUAAAAUUUUUUUUAGAUGAUAAAAGACAAUUAGUAAAAUUCAAAUGAAUGAGAAUUAAGUCAAUUUAAUAAUAAUUAAUUCAUGGAAUAAAAAUUAAUUCAAAUGAAUGAAAAUUAGUAAAGUUGAACAACAAUUAGCUAAAUUGAACAAAGCUUAAUUCAACUGAAUAGGAAAUAACUAAAUUCAGUAACAAUCAAGUAUUUUAAGCAACAGUAAACUAAAUUCAACAAUAAAUAAUAUGUAAUAAAAAAUUGAAUGCAAACUGUUUACCAAACAGCAGUGAAACACAAAUCGAUUAAUUAAUUUUUUGUCAAAUAAAAUUUAUAAAUGCCAAAAAUGAAAAAAUAUCAAAUGAUUGAAAAUUUAUAAAUGAAAAUUAUGAUGUGAAAUUAAUAUACUUCAUCUCAUAAGGAAAAAAAGUGAUUAAAUAAAUUGAAAGUGUAAAAAUUAAUAAUAUUAGCAAAAUACCAAAUGAUUUAAGCAAAAUAGUCGAUCAAAUGGCAGGUGGCUGAUUUACUUUGGAAUUAGAAGCGACAUGUACGUUUAACACACAAACGUCUUCCUGUAUAGCAAGGAGACGAUGUGAGGCUUCGAUCAUGAAGGGUGAUGGGCACAACAGAGUGUGGACGGCGACCUUGAUAACCUUAACACUUGGAAGCUGGAUAGGCAAAGUUGGUCCACGACCGGCAGACGGAGAAAUUGCAUCUCUCACAUCACCGAGAGAGCGUCUAGAAACUGUGCGACAGGUGUUAUCUGAAGUUCCAUUAAUCGAUGGCCACAAUGACCUUCCCUGGAAUAUCAGAAAUUUCUUGCACAAUCAACUCGCUAAUUUCGAUUUCGAUAAGGACCUGCGGCAGGUGGCACCAUGGAGCAAAAGUGCCUGGAGUCAGACUGAUCUCCUCAGACUUAGACAAGGAAUGGUCGGCGGACAGUUUUGGGCCGCUUACGUCCCAUGUGACUCACAACAUCUCAAUGCCGUGCAGAUGACUUUGGAGCAGGUGGACCUAAUCAAGAGGCUCAUAGAGAAAUACUCUCAACAUAUGCAGUUCGCAGCAUCCUACAGGGAAAUCCUGGAAGCCCAAGACAGGGGUAGGAUAGCCUCUUUAAUUGGGGUGGAGGGUGGUCAUAGUCUAGGUAGUAGUCUAGCAGUUCUAAGGACACUGUACCAAUUAGGAGUACGUUAUUUAACUCUUACGCAUACUUGCAACACUCCAUGGGCAAAAAGUUCCACAGUGGAGCAGAACGAGCGAAUUGAUGGUGGACUGACCUCAUUUGGAAAGGCGGUAAUUCGAGAAAUGAAUAGGUUAGGAAUGAUGAUAGAUUUGAGCCACACUGCAAGAGCAACCAUGAGGGAUGCUUUAAGAGCGAGCAAAGCACCUCUCAUAUUCUCACAUUCUUCAGCCUUUGCUAUUUGCAACUCAUCGAGGAAUGUGCCUGACGACAUCCUCAAGCAGUUGGCUGCUAACAAUGGUCUGGUGAUGGUCACAUUUUACAACUACUUCGUUAAAUGCGGUGCUGAAGCUAGCGUGACUGACGUUGCAGAACACAUUUAUCACAUUAGGAAUUUAAUUGGAGUUGACUACAUUGGAGUUGGUGGAGACUUCGAUGGCAUUAACAAAACACCUCGCGGUCUAGAAGACGUUUCCAGAUAUCCCGAAUUGUUUGCGGAACUUCUUCGAAGUGGCAAGUGGUCGGUGCAUGAUCUGAAAAAGGUUGCUGGAUUAAAUCUAUUGAGAGUCAUUAAACAGGUUGAAAGGGUCAGAGACGAUAUGAGAACAGCGGGAGAACUGCCAUCGGAAGAUUUACUGGACUCUCCGGACACAUCAGGAAGUUGUGCUUUGGACAUAAAUACAGUGCCAAGAGUUAAGGAAUUUUGAAAAUAUUCACAUAUGCAUCUCGAGGAAUGGAAAGCUCGAGAGUCAAAAGAAGAAAAAAUAAAGAAAGAAAAAAAAGACUUUUUCUAUAGAAAAAAAAUUGCAAUCCUUGUUCGAUUGAAAAGUUUUUCAAGUGAAAACUUGCACAACUUUGCGAUGCUCAAUCGGUGUGAAUUUAUACACACGCGAUCUCGACAAUUAAAUGUGCCAGCACUUACACGUCACCAAAAUUCCCACCCACACAUGUAUAGGAAAUAUAUUGUAAAACUAUUUCUAUUUCAAAUGCGAAAAAAUCCCAGAUGAACAAAUGAUAAAAAAUCUGAAUGACUGGAUAAUAAGUAAUUGAUUCAAGAGUCUAUUUUCUUUACUGACUUUUUCUUGCAUUAGUCUUUCAAGAAACUGAUGUGGCACAUCUGAAAUAAAAAAAAAAAGAUAACAAUGGUAAAUUUUAAAAAAUACCCAAAUUCACUAUAGAAAUAUUAAAAUAGUUCUUUUAGUGAGAGCUUUUCAAAUUACAAAUUUAAAAUGACUGAUAUUAAAUUUAAGAAAGUUAAUUGAAUCGCAUUUUUAAUUAAAUUUCAUUAAAUUAUAGACUGUUAUAAAUAUAUAAAUGUAAUUUAAAGGAAAAGAGAUAAUUUCAAUUUUUUUCGAAACUUUAAUGAAAAUGAAGAAAAGUUUUCAAAUUGUUUGAAAUUUUCUUAUACUUUUUUACCCUUCUUAAAAAUGAAUGAUAAACAUUUUAUAAAACUGUAAAAUCAACAACUACUUGUGAAUAUCUAAAAGCGUGAUUUUGAGGUAAAAUAUUUUUAAAUGAGAAUAAAUGUGAUCAUCCAUCAAUUACAGACUUUAAAUAUAAUAUUCAGAACAAUUUCAAUAAAGUUUUUAGUUUCGUAUCCACAUAUUAGAAAUUUUAAAUCGAACUUUAAAACAAGAAAAUAAUUGUUAUACCUGAAAUAUAAAGUAACAAAAGAUUGAAAUUGAAAAAAAAAUAUUAUUUAUUUAAAAUUGAAAAAUAAAACAAAUUUAAAAAAUAUUUUUGUCCUGAAUUUUAAAAGGUCAUAUCUUUCUGAGCUCUACAAAAUCGAAAAUUGUACGAUUUUGUUAAUCUUUGUGUAAAAAUUUAAAUGAAAAUUCAGGACAAUAAAUAUUUCAAUAAAAAAAGGAAACAAAAUGAAACUAAUGAAAUUUGGUACCUCAAUUGCACCUUAUACAAAGAACGAAAAAUCUCAUCUAUAGCGUCUUUAUAUCGAAUAUUUAAAUUUUAAGGAAGCUUUUACUUUUCCUUAUUUUUUCUAAUAAGGAGAGUGCAUUGUUUCCUUAAUUUUAACUAUUUCGAUAUCCCUACCUGUCUGUGUCUUGUGUGCACUUAUUCCUGUAGUCCGUGCGAUUGAAUCUUUACAAAAAUAAAAUAAAUAAAUAAAUAAGAAAACAAAAACCAAAAAAAAUGAAUUUUCAAAAUCGCAUGGAUUACUUGGCAGCCUUCUGCGAAAGGCUAGUCACAACAUAGUAUAUCAAAUUUCUGUUGUAACUUGGAAAACGGGCGCUGCAAAUAAAUGUUUCUAUUGCAAAAAA